AUGGAUUCGCUCGCGACGUCGCGUCGACGGCGGCUCGCGCGCGCGGGCGCGGCGAUAGCGACGGCGCUCGCGCUCGCGCUCGCGCUCGCGGCGUCGCUGGACGCGGAACGAUCGCGCGACGGCGGUGGGCGACGGGUUUUACUCGGCGCGUCGACCUCGACCGCGCUGUGGACGUACGCGAUCAUUCCCUUCAUCGCCGCCUUCGUGGGAUGGGGAACCAAUGUGGUGGCGCUGCGCAUGACGUUUUACCCGCUCGAGUUUUUCCCGGCGUUUUUGGCGUUCGCGCAGCCGAAGGGACAGCCGUUCGGGUUGCUCGGGGGAUGGCAAGGCAUCAUUCCGAGCAAGGCGGGCGAAAUGGCGGAGAUCUUGGUGGAUCUGAUGACGAAGAAAUUGAUCGAUAUCAAGGAAAUAUUCUCGAGAUUAGAUGAAAAGAAAGUGGCGUCGAUCAUGGACCCGGAGAUGCGGGCGGUGACGGAGGGAUUAUUCGAAAAGGUGCUCGCGACGGAGGCGCCGUUGUUUUGGAACGGGCUGCCGACGGUGGUGCGAGACGAGCUCAUCACGGAGGCGGUCGAUCGAUCGAGCGGGUUGCUGGAGAACAUCGUGCAAGAUUUGAUGGAGAACGUGUACGAGGUGUUAGAUCUGAAGUCGAUGGUGGUGCGGCUGGCGUUGGGGAAUAAGGACAAGGUUGUGAACAUGUUUCGAGAGGUCGGGGCGAAGGAGUUUCUAUUCAUUGAGCGCAGCGGUAUUUAUUUUGGGUUUUUGUUCGGUCUCGCGCAGAUGGUGACGUUUUAUUUCGUGGAUAAGAGCGCGCCGCAGCACGGAAUUUGGCUGCUUCCGGUUUUUGGUUUCCUCGUCGGAUACCUCACAAACUACGUCGCGUUGAAGAUCAUCUUCACUCCCGUCGAACCAAAGAUGGUUUGCGGCUUGAAGAUCCACGGCGUUUUCAUGCGUCGCCAGAACGAAGUCAGCGAGGAAUUCGCACGUUUGAACCAGUUACACUUCUGCAACGCUGAGAACUUGUGGGACGAGAUGAUGACGGGCGCGUUCAAGGAUAAAUUUGAGGCGCUCGUGCGGAGAAACGCCGCCAACUUUUUCGACACCGCGUUCGGUGCUGGAACGCCCAUGGUGAAAAUGAUGCUCGGGCAACAAAAAUACGAAAGUAUUAAGCGAACGGUCAUCGACUCGGUGUUCGAAUCCAUCCCUGACUGCGUGCCCGUAACAUACGAUUACCAAAAUUUUGCUCUCGACAUCGAGACGACGGUGCGCGAGAGAAUGCAGAAGUUGCCGGGAGCCGAUUUCGAGCGGGUUUUGCACCCGGUGUUCGAGCAGGAUGAAAUCAAACUCAUAGUAGUGGGGGGGGUGUUGGGUGCGGCGACGGGCGUCGCGCAAUAUUACCUCGCGUUCUCGAGUCAAUAG